AUGAAAAAUGAAUUUAAAGUCGUGGAAUUACCCAAUGGUUGUAUAUUCGUUGGAAAACGGGAAAUUAAUUACACUUCCCUGAUCUUCAACGAGUUCAACCUAAUACUGAUACCAGUUUUCGUUUUCUUUUUUAGUUUUGAAUUAUUGCUUAUAAUUUUGGUGGUAAACUAUCUCUGUUAUCAGCUAUACAUCGUAGAAGAGCGAUUGAUGUUUUUAUCAAAUUUCGGGAUACAAAUUGAAACGGUUUCCUUAAGAGGGGCUACAUCUUACAAGUCUAUACCUAUCAAUAAUAUAGAAAGCUUAUUAAUAAAUGAAGCGUUUCUUGCUCAAGAAAUUAUCUUUUAUUUAUUAAUAAUAUUAAAGGAUUCCAAGGACAUAAUUCUACCAUUUAAAAAUGUUAGACUAAAAAUCGAUAAUUUGAGACUAAUUUACAACACCUUUAAUAACACAUUUAAACUCGACAACUAA